UCGCUGCCGCAAGCUAGCUGGGAAGCUCCCAGUUCUAAAGAGAGGCUGUUUACCAGAAGAGCAUAACAAGGGCUGGUCUGACUGUAAGGCUGGGACUAGGAGGCAGAGCUGGCGCCAAGGGGACCCCAGUUGGACACUGGUUGGUCAGCCACCUGCAAGAUGAAGGAGGUGAGGAUGCUGUUGGCCUGGGUGCAAACAUUCCUUGUCAGCAACAUGCUCCUCGCAGAAGCCUAUGGAUCUGGAGGCUGCUUCUGGGACAACGGCCACCUGUACCGGGCGGACCAGCCCUCUCCCGCUUUGGGCCUCCUCUGCCUCAACUGGCUGGACGCACAGAGCAGCCUAGCGUUGGCGCCUGAGUCAGGCGCCGGCAACCACAGCUACUGCCGGAACCCGGACCAGGACCCACGGGGCCCGUGGUGCUACAUCAGCGGCGAGGCCGGCGCGCCUGAGAAGCGGCCUUGCGAGGACCUGCGCUGCCCAGAGGCCACUACUCAGAACGUGCCAGCCUCAUCAGAAACUGAGGCAGCAUCUGAGGUGCCAGAAGGAGAUGAGGUGCAAGUGUUUGCUCCUGCCAAUGCCCUGCCUGCCCGGAGUGAGGCGGCUGCUGUGCAGCCAGUGAUUGGGAUCAGCCAGCAUGUGCGAGUGAAUUCCAAGGAGAAAAAGGACCUGGGAACCCUGGGCUAUGUGCUGGGCAUUACCAUGAUGGUGAUCAUCAUUGCCAUCGGAGCCGGCAUUGUCCUGGGCUACACCUACAAGAGGGGGAAAGACCUGAAAGCGCGACAUGAGCAGAAAGUAUGUGAGAGGGAGAUGCAGCGAAUCACCCUGCCCCUGUCUGCCUUCACCAACCCCACCUGUGAGAUCGUGGAUGAGAAGACUGUUGUUGUCCACUCCAACCAGACUCCAGUUGACCUUCAGGAGGGCAGUGCCCCCCUCAUGGGCCAAGCAGGCACUCCUGGGGCCUGAGCCCGCCCCCCACAAUGGACAGGAGCCCAGGCAGACACUGGCGCAGGACAACCUACCCUCCUACAGUUGGGAGAAUCUACACUUUUUGUUGUGGUUAAAUCCCUCCUCUCACCUUUUUUGUGUGUGUGAAUCCUGAGACAAGCAGGUGGUGCUGUGGCUGAGGGUGACACUGGGUAGGGUCCUACCAAAGUUCUUCUCCAUCCCUUAGAGCAGUAAUUUGCCUGUGGAUGGAGACAGUGGCAGCCCCCACUGUAGUGCUGCUGACAAGGGCUUCCAAACAUUGCCUGUGCCCCAGAAUUGAACCAGGGGCGGAUGGGAGUUUCCCCAGACUCCCUCUGUGUUCUGUUAUCCAAGAUGGUCUGAGUCUUUGCCUUUCCAUUUAUUCCCUGUGGGCUUGAGUGACACACACUGUUAUUCAUAGUUCAGGUCAAGCAGGUCAGGGUUGGGGGAGGGGCAUUUAAAGUAUAUAGUUUUUUAAAUAUUUGGGAUGAAACUCCUUACUGACCUCUGUGAACCGGAAACACGUUUUGUACAAAAAUUAAAAACCGUGGGCUGAGAAUGGGACCUAGGCUGCUGGGUAUGCUCCAGCUUGCUGGCAGUGAUGUGCCUUGACAACCAUGGAUUGGGCCCAAGGCCUCUUCCUGUUUCAAAAAGAAUUGCACUGAACAUUCCACUUAGGAAGAGGGUAGAGAAGGAUCCGUGACUGCCUUAGGCUUCAGCACCUGAGGUGGACCCGGGGUGCCCGUCUCUUCAGGGUGAAUGGUGACCUUUCUGCAUUUUGCAGGGGUGAGAAACAGCCAGCUAACCUGUGGGAAUUAUACUGUGGAGCCUCGCAAACUGCCUCUGAGAGGUUACCCUGGAAACUAAGCUCAUAGGCAUGGCAAUGAAGUGCUUCAGGGCUUGCUCCUGCAGUGGCCUGAGUUUGUAGGUGGCCCUGCCUUCCAGGCCAGUGCCUUUUGUGGGGCAGCUGAGCAAGGGUCACAAUCCAGGGUCACAACCUGUAACUUAUAAAACAAUCAUAGAACCACUGUAAGGGAUCUUGGGGCUGAAGCCUUUUGGAAACGGGGGCCCACAAGGAGAAGGGAUGCCCAAGGUGAAUGAGCAGGCUAGUGGCAUGCCCAAGAGCAGGGCAUUUCUCCUCUGUCGUGUUGAUGCCAGUGGCUCAGCAGGGCCUGCAGGCCUUGAGGUUACACUGGGAGGCCAUGGCAGUGCUCCCUCCCCUUAGAGCUUCCUUCCUAAAUCCCUUCCACUGCCCCCAUGUAGAAUGAGGGUGGGGGCUUAGUGGGAGCCCAUUCUUUUCAGCAGCUGUUCCCUGGAGGGAUUUACUAAUGGAACCUAGGCCUUGGGGGUCCCUUGGAAUUAAUGAUGCUGAAGAGAACAUUACUGGUUUUUACUUUUCUAUAAAAGCAUUUCUCUGUAUACACAUUUUAUAUACCUCAUUCUGAUACCUGCGUAUAAAGUGCAGGAAAUUGCUCUGCAUUCGACUAUAAUAAAAAAAGACUUCAAAUUGCCAAGUUUUUACCAAAUAUUGGGGAGCUUUUGGUUACCUUGUCAAUAGCUGUGUGGCUCUGGCCCUGUAACUGGAAGGCCCUGUAACUGGGAGGUGGCAAACUGCUUGGGUGGUAACGGUAGCCUUUACUUACGACUGUCCUCACAGCAAUCUUUUGGGUUGAAGCUGUAGAGAAGAUGGGUGUGCAGCGACCUGGCCACUACAAACCCUCACCCUGGGCAUUCUUAUGGAGGUGGAGGUAGUUAAACAUCCAGGCAGUCUUGUCAGUGACUGGAGACAGGUUAGUAGUGCUACAGCAGCUGGAGGAAUAGGUGUGCUGAGGGGUUGGGCCAUUGGGCUGCCUGGGCUGAGCACACAUCUCAGGUGACUCCUAGGGCUCCAGAGGAAAGCUACCAAGUGUUUGCUGGACUUCAGCGAUGAGGACUGCCCGGGGUGACAGCUGCUCAUGUCCAAACACUGCUCUGUAGACCACCAGCAAGAGGCACCCGGGGCAUUUGUUUCUCCAGAACCAGAUUCUGUCCUGAAGUUGGACUCUCCAAGCUUUGGGAGCAGGCAACUUGGGUAUGUGCAUGUAUAUUGUGUCCAGGAUCCCAUUAUUAAUCAGACAGCAGCAACCUGCCAAUGGACUCCCUGUGCAAUGUCUCCCAAGUGCAGUAACAAGAAACAGGCUUCCUAUGAAGGAAGCACUUGCAGGGAAACAAGUAGUGGGGGUGACUUGCAUUCAUUUCUUCCCACGAUGAAGGUGGAACCAGUCCUGUGGAUAGGACAGCAGGAUAUCCAAGCUGUAGGAGUGUAUGGAUAUCAGGGUGGGGAUGCAACACCCUAAAGGGAUGACUCAGCUGGUAGGUGGGAGUCAGUUAGACCUGUUUCAAGGACUGGGUGGCCUCAGGUAUGCAUGUUUUCUGGAGCAGGUUAGUGUCUAUACAAGGAGAGGUAAUUAGAAUUGGGGAGUACGAAUACCCCUUGCUGUGUGGAAUCAUGUGACCUGGGCCCAAAAAGGGGCCAGGAACAUUCUCCACAUUUAUCUCCCUGAGCCAGGCCCCCAGAGACUUUCACUUUCAGAAAUGUCAGUGAUGUUAGUUGCUUAAUUUAUUUGGUCUACUCCAUGGCCCAGCUUGGACCCACUCUCACAAUUACUAGGGACAGAUGAGCCAUAACCAGCCAUGCAACGCUGACCUUGCUGCAGCUGCUAGGAGUCUAGGCCUCAAGCCGACAGCAAACUUGGAAACUAUACACGAGUAUGGUCUAUCUAACAAACUGGCCAGAGAUGACAUCUAACCCUACAACUCAUCAGGUCUAUCUAUGUACAGUAUUUCACAUAUUACCCAAUAGAUACAAUAAUAAUAUUAACAGCAACCAUUCUCUUGGGUCACUCCCUACCCAUCCCACCCCAAUGUAGCCAUCACACACUGCAGUAAUGUUCCAAACCUAUCCCCCAUUUGUUAAAUGUGGUGCAAGCUCAUAAACACCUAGGAGGUGGCAAAUCUAUUUGUGCCGAUGAGUCCCUGGUGCUCUGGGAGCCAAGGUGGAGAGCCAAGGCUUUGCAGCACCUGAGGCUGCGACUCAGGAACCUGAAGUCAGGAGCUAGUGAGCUGGCUAGUCAACAAGGGAGGUAGAAGCCAGAUAGCCCAGCUCCGGCGCUGUUGUUCCCAGCAUCUCCGCUCUGAGGCUCUGCCACCACCUCUUGGUAUCCAAAUUGCUUCCUGUACCAGGCACGGUAAAGGGUGAGCGGUGGCUGCAUGAGGACAAGGUCAAGAGAGUGCUAAGAUUCUUACUCCCCCAAGUCAUAUGCUGGUCCUGCGACAAGCCACUUUGUCCUCCAGAACCCAUCUGGCU